CUCUAUAAAACCACCCCAAUCCCCCAAACUCCAAAAUCGCAAACAACGUGGGAGAGAGUUUGAGUUUCUUACGUUGGAAAAGAAAAAAUGGUUUGCUUUUGUUUCCUUGUGGAUCAGACGAAGAAAGUGAAGCGGAGCAAACCCGUGGCGGGGUCUUGCUCGCGGUGUGGCGGCGGUGCCAGCGUGGCAGAUAUGAUCACACAAACUAGAUUCUGCUUCGUCCCUUUCUAUUGGAAAUCUUGGAAGGCUAUUAUGUGCACUUUCUGUGGUGCUAUGCUCAAGUCCUAUGCAUGAAAUUUUCAAUGCUUCUAUAAAAUCUUUUUCAUCUAUACAAUGCUUCUUCUUUUUUUUUUUUUUUUUUUUAUUUAGGGGUUUAGAGUAUAUUUUGUAUCCGAGUUUUAAUUUGGAAAUAUAUUGGGGCCAAAAUUUUCAAGUCCCUUUUUCCCAUCUUCAUUCAACAACUUUGGUGUGUGAUUAUGGGUUAGUUGCGGCAAUGCUUUUCACAA